UGGAACUCCCUUCACAACCAUUAUCGCCUAUUUCCUCCUCAUGCCCAAAGCGGUAGAAACGGGGUUUGUCAUAGGCGCGCGUCGGUCGGCUAUCCCUCAUUUGCGCUAAAAUGACUCCUUCUCUCCUCUCUCUCCAAUUCCCCAUUUUCGUCCUUCAUCUUCAUCUUGGUCUUUUCAUCGUCGUUGAGUGGAAGGUUACAGCUGUAGAGACUCUCAAGCGCAGAGUCAAGAUAAGUGAGAGCUCUCGCCGAUAGACCACUUCUCGAGUGAAAUCAAUCGUCAACAAAUCGCGACAUUCUGACCAGGGGUGAUUGUGGGUUCUAAAGAGACCAAGUCCAGUCCUUUAUAAUCUUAAUACCAAAGUUGAUGUCGAGUGAGGAAAUCAUUCCAGCUUCUUCUGCUCCUCAAGACUCCACUUCCAAACCCGAGGAAGACCCAUCCGCAUCCGCAUCAUUCGCAGCAGCCGAUCCUUCAUCCGCCGAGCCCACGGAGGAGAAGACAUCGGGUGAGAAGCAAAGACCAGCUUCGUCCCCCGUACGCAAAAUCGCUAGACCCGCCAAAGCUCGUUCCUCAAUGCCUGGUGGAUCCAGUAAGAAGGGAGGGGCAGCCUCUAAAGGCGGAGCGUCUCAACCCAUCAAGUCUUACAGCCCGGGAGAUAUUGUCUUGGCGAGACUCAAGGGUUUCCCAGCGUGGCCUGGUCGUAUUACAGACCCCUCUAGAGUCUCCGCCGAUGUCCUCAAGAGUCGUCCGAGCACUAAACCCUACAUCUACUGUGUUGAAUUCUUCCCUGCGGGGGACUUUGCCUGGAUCAACGCCAAUGAGAUCAAAUCCCUGACCCCAUCCGAUAUUGAAGCCUACAUCAGCGAACCCCACCGAAAAGUCAGCAGCUCACUGCGAGAGGCCUACUUGACUGCGCAAGAUCCAACAGAAUGGGACGAGGCGCAGGUCGGGUACCGAAAGGCAAAGGAGGAAGCUGCCGCUGCCGCCGCAGAGGAGGUCGACGAGUUGGAGGACGAUGACGAUGCGCCGUCGGGUGGAAAGCGGAAGAGAGCAGCGGAGAAGAAGACAAAAGCAAAAAAGCCAAAAGCUGCAAAGAAGUCUGCUGCCGAAGUCGAGUCAGAAGAGGAGGCACCCAAAUCCAAAAAGGCCGCUCCGGCCUCAAAGGCCCCCGCCUCUAAAGCUCCGGACUCCAAACCGGUCGACGAUGACCCGCUGGCUUCUGAUCCCGAGUGCAUCAAGGUCAAGGACUGGCGUCACAAGCUACAAAGAGGAUUCUUGGGCAAGAGCCUCCCAGAGGCAUCUGAAAUGGCCCACUAUGAUGACAUUUUCAAGACGAUCGAGGGACACAAGGGAAUGACCAUUGACGCCUUGUCAUAUUCCAAGAUCGGCAAAGUCAUGAAGAAGAUUGCAGUGCUCGAAGGGAUCCCAAAGAACGACGAGUACAAGUUUACAGAUCGAGCCUCGAAGCUCAUGCAUUCGUGGCAAGAGUUCAUCGAUAAGAAGGGAGUAGCGAACGGGAACCACGCAGAUGCCAACGGAGACGCUCCAUCAAAAUCUGACGCUCCUACUGCUGCUGCCACUGAGGACGUGAAAAUGGCCGAGGAUAAGUCAGGAGGCUCAGAGUCAAAGGAGGAACCGGCGGCGGAAACAAAGCCUGAGGGCGCUGAGGCUGCUGGACCCAAUGGCGAGUAAGCGUGGCGCUGGCCGGUAUGCGACAACAGGCAGCGAUGCAGGUGAUCGGAUAGGCAAGUGAUGCAACGGGGUGGUAUUUCUUCAUCAGGGCAUAUAGCGGCAAGGGAAGGCUGGGUUUGCGGCGGGAGGCGACCCAUAGGGAGUGCUUGCGGACGAAGCGGAUCAAAUACAACGUGAUAUUUUCUGGCCACUUGGCCCUUUCUUACAAUGAUUCCCGAUCUGUUCAUUCUCUCUCCUCUCUCUCUCUCUCUCUCUCUUAUCCUGGGGUCGUGUACACCUCUCCCUUUAUUCUCUCAGCGAUCGGUGAAGCAAAAAAUUCAGUGGAAGAAAUUGUAUGCAAAGAGGGC